GAUUUCCCAACCACCAUAAAACUCCAAAAGAAGAAGAAGAAGCAGAUUUCAAAAUACAAACCUCUUCAAGAAAAUGGCGGAAGUCUUGGAACUGCAUAAACUCAAGUUGGCAGAGCUGAAGCAGGAAUGUACUGCUCGUGGGCUGGAUGCCAAAGGAAAUAAAGCUGAUCUGAUUGCCCGGCUGCAGGCUUACCUGGAAGAGCAUGAAGAAGUGAAUGAAGAGGAAGUUCUGGGAGAAUUUGGUGAGGAGGCCUUUGCCAAAGAAGAGACAGAUGUCCAGAAGCAAGAGUUUACUCCUCCUGAAGAGGUGACUGAGAAAAAACUGGUCAAGAUAAACCCUCCUGCUGCAGUUGGUGAGAGGCUUCAGAAAAGAGCAGAACGCUUCGAUCUUCCACCGAAUGCAGACAGCAAAAAGGCGGCACGAGCAGCAAGGUUUGGUUUGGAAGUACCUGAAUCUGUGUCGUCCAAAGGAACUUCAGCCAAACCAGAUGUUGACGCUGAGGUAUUAAAGAAGAGAGCAGAACGUUUUGGCAUGAGUGUCUCUUCAGUUUCUAAAAAGAUUGAGGAUGAUGAAAAGCUUAAGAAGAGGAAGGAGAGAUUUGGCAUUGUCACAAGUGCAGCGUCUGCUGGAGCCAAUGAUACAGAGGCAAAGAAGCGAAAACGUGCGGAGCGGUUUGGAAAUGUAUAAAAAAUGGAUCUUUCCCUUUUUGGACUUUUUUUUUUUUUUUUUUAUUACUUUUUUUAAGUGUUCUUUGCAGUUCAUUUUGAGUUAAGCUUGUAAUCCCUGUAGUGCCAUGGUUGUUUAUCUGCUAUUUACAUUAAAAGUACCCCA